AUGACGUUGCCUCCGGAUCAACCUGGCCAAACCUUUGUUACCGUGUCUCCGAUUCCUGCAGGCUUCAUCACUCUCCCCGAAAAGUUCUUUGUCCAUCCAGCCGAUGCCGAGGCCAAGCGGACAGUCCCCUCCUUGGCUUUCCUCAUUACCCAUCCAGGCUCCGACGUCUUCAGCAGCACUAAUGCGACGUCGCGUCAGCCCCUCAGGUUGAUGUUCGACCUCGGACUGCGCUCAAAAGCAGAGCGGUACAUGCACGUCCAACAAAACCACCUCCACACGCGCGAACCAUAUCGACUACAGGGUGCGGCCGAUCUGCUGAGAGCCGGUGGUGUUGCGCCGGAAGAUGUCGACGCGGUCAUGCUGAGCCAUGUGCACUAUGACCAUCACGGCGACCCGGAAGACUUCCCCAACGCCGUCUUUCUGGUAGGCCAUGGGGCAUUGAACAUCCUCGAACACGGGCUUUCCGGCAAAGGAUCUCACCAGCACUUCGAUCCGAACCUGUUGCCGCACGAUAGGACGGAGGAGCUGCCUGCAAUAGGAGAAGAGGCCCCAAAUGACCGUCCAAGCUGGACAUGGGCAGAAGCUGGACCGUUUCCAGCGGCGUUGGACCUGCUUGGCGACGGAAGCAUGUAUGCGAUCGAUACGCCGGGUCAUUUGCCAGGGCACGUGAACCUGCUGUGCCGCACCGGCCCACAGUCUUGGGUGUGUCUGGCGGGCGACGCGUACCAUGACCCGCGCCUGCUUACCGGGGACAAGGAGAUUGGUUACUGGGCUGGCGAAUCUGGCGAGACGUUAUGCAUCCAUCUCGACAAGGAUGCAGCGAGCCAGUCCAUCGAGCGGCUGAGGAAGCUGGCUGAAGAUGAGAGCGUGGAGCUGGUCGCGGCACAUGAUGACGGCUGGUACGAGCGGAACAAAGCCAGAAUGUUUCCCGCGCAUCUGUAG